AUGUAUUCCCUCUCCAAACCCAUGGCGAUCUCCUUCAAAGUUCUCUCUUCCCUCAUAAAACUCUGCUUAAAAUCCACCCAUAUUCUUAAUAUAUCUUCUGGUUCCAUCCUCGGUUCUACAAACUCGAAAUCUUCAUUCACUUUCCCGCAUGCUCUUUGGUUCUCCCUAAUGAUCAAUUUAACCAAAUCGAGAUUUGGGAAAGAUCUUAAUAGUGUUGCUUUGUUGUAUGAUUCCCACGGUCUCUUGACCUCCACAUCCACAUGA